AUGGACUCCAAAGAUAACUGGGCAUUCGGAGCUGUACCUUAUGCAGCGGGUGUACCGCACAGCGGAGCCCAAUCUUUAUACUCUGUCCCAAGCACCGCGAUCAUUGUUGGAGGCACCGCUGCCGUUCUGGGGGGUUGGCCUCUGGUUUUGUGUAUUGCCGGUUAUUCCAUCACUGCACAGCACUCCGCAACAUUACACUAG